CGUCAGUCGUCCGCCGAGAGCCCAGCGAUAAGGUAGUCCCGCUACGCUCCGCAACAUCCAGACGCAGUAAAGCAUACACGUUUAUAUAUAUACACACACACAUAUAUGUAUAUAUAGCGCAACCAUCGGCAAGCCGAACGAUCGAUCCUUCUGCUUCGUGCCGAGUCGUUUCGGUCUUUUAAUCGCACUGCAGCCAGAACCUGCUGCUCAUUCGUCUGCCGUAUUUCGUAGCGUGAGGUUCUAUCGCUCCGCUUUGCAAAACCGAACCGAAAUCAAGAGAACUCAGAUACCAAGCCAUUUUACGUGCUUCUCUGCGACGCUGCGCGAAAGUGAAACCAAGUGAACUUGAAUAUUAAAAAACUGUCAACUGAAUUCGAAAUUCGACAAAAAGCCAAAAAGCAGUGAACUCAUAUUGCGAAGAGCAGCAAAUUCAGAUUUGCUGCCAAGUGAAAACCAAACUGUGCCUCAAACUCAACAAACAAUAUCUGACCGAAAUGGUUACCGGCGUAACAGCAGCCAACAUGACCAACGUUCUGGGCACCGCCGUUGUGCCGGCCCAGCUCAAGGAGACGCCGCUCAAAAGUGACCGUCGGUCGAACAAGCCCAUCAUGGAGAAACGCCGACGUGCCCGUAUUAACAACUGUCUCAAUGAACUCAAGACUCUGAUCCUGGAUGCCACCAAAAAAGACCCGGCUCGCCACUCCAAAUUGGAAAAGGCCGACAUUCUGGAGAAGACAGUGAAGCAUCUGCAGGAGCUGCAACGCCAGCAGGCAGCCAUGCAACAGGCCGCCGAUCCUAAGAUUGUGAACAAAUUCAAGGCCGGAUUCGCCGACUGUGUGAACGAGGUCAGCCGCUUUCCCGGCAUCGAGCCCGCCCAGCGUCGUCGCCUGCUGCAGCACCUGAGCAACUGCAUCAAUGGCGUGAAGACGGAGCUGCACCAGCAGCAGCGCCAGCAGCAACAGCAGUCCAUCCACGCCCAGAUGCUGCCCUCGCCGCCCAGUUCGCCGGAGCAGGAUAGCCAGCAGGCGGCAGCGGCGCCCUACCUCUUUGGCCAGAUCCAGCAGACGGCCAGCGGAUACUUUCUGCCCAACGGCAUGCAGGUGAUCCCCACCAAGCUGCCCAACGGCAGCAUUGCCCUCGUGUUGCCCCAGAGCCUGCCCCAGCAGCAGCAGCAGCAGUUGCUGCAGCACCAGCAACAGCAGCAGCAACUCGCCGCCGCCGCAGCAGCAGCGGCCGCAGCAGCAGCACAGCAGCAACCCAUGCUGGUCAGCAUGCCCCAGCGCACCGCCAGCACCGGUUCCGCCAGCUCGCACUCCUCCGCCGGUUACGAGUCGGCGCCCGGAAGCAGCAGCAGCUGCAGCUACGCCCCGCCCAGUCCGGCCAACUCCAGCUACGAGCCCAUGGACAUCAAGCCAUCGGUCAUCCAGCGCGUGCCCAUGGACCAGCAGCCCCUGUCGCUGGUGAUCAAGAAGCAGAUCAAGGAGGAGGAGCAGCCCUGGCGGCCCUGGUAGAGGGUGUCUAUUGCAUAUACACAUAUGCAGACAGAUAGACAGCCCCCUAUCGAAUCUCCCGCUUUUAAGACUGACCCCCCCACCACUCACAACUCAUCCAACUCACACAGGCGCUGGCGUUGUGCGCAUGCGCGUAGACAUUUCACUUCAUUCGCCGGGAUUGCGCAAAUGUUGCUUUGAAGUGCUGCAAACAUGCGAAUCCUAACUCGGUCCGCGGCUUCGUCGGCUCAGUUUCCUCGCUUAUAUCCUGGAAACCGCCGGCGAGGCUAAGGUCCUUCAUCAGACGCACCCAUACACACACACUCAACCACACACACACACAAACGUUGUUAUAAUUUAUUUAUUAUUAUAUUAUGUAAUCGAUUUGAGAGAACGGUAUUCUACCAGGACAUCGCCAAACUACCUCAGUCCAAGUACUUGGUGUUGAAUUGCCUCAUGUAUCAUGUAUUACUCUUUGAAUAACAGCAAAUCAGCGAAAGUCUUCCAAACACUCACCGCAAAUCGAAAUGUGAAAAAAAACACUUGAAAAGCUGAAAUACUUUUUAUGAAAAAGAUAAACGCAAAGGCAUAUAGCUCUUACACAUAGACGUAUGUACAUCUCCAUUUAAGUAUAGGUUUUGUACCAUAGCCAGCUAAGCUAAGCCGCUUAGGGUUUUCUCUCGCUCUUAAGUCUAAUCAAAGAAUAAUUAUAUUUAUAAAACACAAAACUCUAUUCGUAAGGCCACGUGAUAUAGUGAACAUAAUGAGCUUCUAAGAAAAACAAAACAAGAAUUUGAUGCGAGCAAAAGCAAAAAAAUCAACAAGAAAGAAAAAAACAAACAAACAACACACUAAAAAGAAAUAAAUUUAA